AUGGUCAUUUGCCCGGUUGGAAGAGCGACCGAAAAUCGGGGACACCGUCGGGUGGCACGGGCCAAGGCUCCGCUGAUAGCUCGUGUUUGUGCGGGACUCGGCUCACAGGAUCCAGAAAAGGAAGGGACUGUGGGGAGCAGUGCUGAUGAUUGCCUCUUGGCUGAACCGUGCCGGGUCAAAGGGUUCGAGAAGAUUUGGAAACAGAUCUUCGUUGGCUUCGAGACAUGGAGCAGUCGAGAUGUGCUGCCGGCUGGCGGCCAGGCCAGGCCAGGCCAGGCCAUGUCGCAGAGCCCUGCAGAGCCUUCUGCCAGGACUGCCUGCGAGUCAGCAGCCGGGAGGUUUCGACUGCCAUCCGGAGGAUAUGAGUGGAACAAGAAAAAGAAAUCGGCAGCUGAUGGGAACACAGCACAAGAACGCGGCAAACUCAAAAGUUCCCAUCGUCAUCCAGGGAGAAGGUUGUCGUCAGGAUCGACUGUUGGAUGGGGACAGUUAUUGUGGUCCUGUCCCGAUGACAGCCAACGUGGUUGUGAGGAAACAAAGGUCGCUGGGUCGACGGUGAAGAGACGGCGGCUUGAAAAUGAAGAUCCAGGAGGGCUCUGGGCGUGA